AAAUCAGCACCCCGAAAUUGAUAAAGUUAGCUAAUAGAAUCCACCUUAGCACGCAAAUCCAGCUGGAAAACACAGUCGCCUGUUAGUACUAUAUGUAUUGUUAUCAACUGCGAGGCAUAAGCUUUACUAGCCAUCUUAUCAAACUAGCCGAGCAAAAUAUAUAUUAUUAAAAUCGCGAUGUUUGUUACCGUUCUCGUUGCUUUUGCCCUCGUUUUAACACCGUUGGGUGUCCAUUGUGUGUCGACAGUCGUCGUCGACCCCGUACGCGAUGACGGAGUAGAAGCGGGUUUGGUAGUGAUUCCAGGAGCGGAGAUCCGCGGGGAAGCAUACCUACCUCUUGCCGAGAGGAUCCAACAGAAGUCCCCCCUUAAGCUAUGGGUAGCUUUGACGACGGAUUACAUUGGAGACACGCCCUUCCCUCCUCAGAUAACCCUUGCAAUAAACGAUGCCUUAGACGAACUUCAAAGGAUUGGGAUGCCUGCAAACACUCCGAUAUUCUACGCAGGCCAUUCUCUCGGCGGUACAUUUUUGCAGAGUUACGUUAACAGGGAUCCGUCCAGAGCAAAGGGAGUCAUGAUGUGGGGAUCAUACCUGACGGGGGCGUUAGAUGAUCUUGGUGCCUACCCCACCCCCAUCAUGCACCUGAGUGGGGAUCUAGAUGGUCAAGUAAAGAUCACAAGGAUAGGAAACACAUUCAGGGAUUUAGAAACGCUACUCACGGAAGACCAAACGGCUCUCGCAACGAAACCAGUCGUUGUCGUAGAGGGGGUGAAUCACUUCCAAUUUGCUUCUGGAGAUGUCCCACCAGCAGUUGUCCGGGGAGACAUUCCUGCCGAGGUGACUGCCGAUGAAGCCUGGACGCUGUUGGCAGAAGUCAUUGGCGACUUCAUGUCUUAUAAUAUGGAUGUGAACAAAGCCACGGCGUUUCAAAGUUUAAACGCUCGGUAUGUUGAAACUCAGAAGAAAAUGGCGCCACUUUCCUCAUUCAAAGAUCUCGAAUGGAACGGCACAGCUUCAACAUGGAUCAGAGAGGCUCAGGAACUUGUCAACGCCUUUCCUGAAGACAUCUUGACACCGGUGACCAUCUACAACGUUGGUUACACCAACCAACGCCAAUUCGAAGAAUCGAAGCCUUCGGUAGUCAAGGACUCCGAUGGAAUGGUCAUCAUAACAACAAGGUCGAAGGUCGAGUUCCCAGUCAACCCUAUCGACAUCUCGUCCCUCAUGAACUCGGCCAACGAGAUCGCUGGAAAGAUGAAAAACCAGGAGGCGGUUAAGAAGAUUGUCAAGGGAGAUGGAUAUGGCAACAGCGCCACCUGCCGGAUGAUCAAUGAGGAAGCAUAUCGUUCGGCCUAUAACAUCGCCCCAGCAAUAGUACGGUCACGCUACGAUACAAAAGGAAAACAGAUGAUUUUUAGCGAUGAUGUGAACACGUCCACUGGCUCCCAAUGGGUCGAUUCACACGUACAGUAUGAAACGCUAGCAGAUGGAUCACUUCAGGUAACUUCCAGCGCACUGUACACAAAUGUGGAUUUUCCCUUUGUGACCCUCGCUGGGAUGUAUUACUGCAAGCUCAUGUCGCCUUACAGAGCCCUGGAGUGGAUGUACGUUGAUUCGCUCCGUCCAGACACCACCAACUAAUUUGACUUCCAGUCCUCUAAACACAUCGGCCCGUAUGCCAUGUAUACUGAAGUCAGGCUUAAAGUGAUUGGUUAACAUUGGUUUGACUUUAAAAGAAUCUGAGCUAAAAGGUCACACUUGUCACCUGUG